GAAAGCAAGAACUUGGACAUUAGAAUUUUACCUGGUCUAACUUGGACAAAAGAGAGUUUUACCUGGUCUAAAUUAAUCAUUAGAAUCACGGAACUUGGACACGUUGGCCCCAGGGAAAAAAAAAAAUAAAAAGAGGAAAAGAAAAAGAAUAAAAAAGAGAAUUUACGUAGGGACUGUACUUCCUCACAACAGAAAGCAAGAACCGCACACCAGUCCAACCACGCACGCACGCGCGCGCUCUUCUCCCGAUCUCAAAAGGGGAAGCUUGAACUGCUCUCCAGCUCUCUGUUCGCGCGAAUUGUCACGAGCAGCAUCGGGAGGGAAACGAGGCCUUCCGUCCCAAGCGAGCGCGAGCCGAUCCGUCCUUCCGUCCGUCGCCGCAGAGACCCACCAAGAACCUUCACAGAAGAAGGCCCAAGAAUUCAAGAAGGUUGGUCUUUCGAUUUGACGCUCAGCAAUCCUCAUGGCGCAACCAACGCCGCGGGCACAACCAACGCCGCGGGCGCAAUCCUCGGCGCCGCCGCCCCCGCCUCCGCCUCCUCCCCCGCCCCCGCCCCCGCCCCGCGCUCCCCCGCCCCCGCGCUCGGCCCCGCCGGCGGGAACGCCGAACCAGGCCGCAGCGAGGGCCUCGCCAUUCGUCCGGCGGCUCUUCGAGAUCCUCUUCUACGCUCAGCUGAUCCUAGUAGCGAUCUUGACCAUAGUCCUCACGGUCCGCGGUCUCCUCUCGGCCGAUCGCCACCACUUCCAGCCGGUGGAGUGGUACCCUCCGCUCCUCACCGCCGCGGCAUUUGCCGGGAUCGCUGCUUUCUCGUGGCACCUGUUCAUCUUGAAUAACCCCGCGAGAGCCUUGAAGGCGGCGUUCUGGCUGAGUCCCGUGUUGACUUGCGCAUUCGGCGUGCUGCUUGUGAUGAUCGAGUCCCCAGUGGGUUUGGCCGCCGGAAUAGUCGCGAUCAUUUCUGGGAUCAUACAGGCACUGUACGGCUGCUGGGUUAACCAUCGAUUUGCGUAUGCUGGCAAUAUUCUAUGGGUAUCCACGGUCUUCCCACCCGAUAACACGACCUUCUUGGUCGCGCUUUCCAUCGUAGUCUCCGUCGCCUACUCCGGCUUCUUGGUGUGCGGGAUUGGAGGAGCGACCACCACCGCCACCACCUGGGACGACAUCUUCAUCUUCAUCAUCUUGCUCCACUAUACAUGGACCAUGCACGUCAUCAAGAACUUGCUGCAGGCGACGAUAGCUCGGGUCAAGUACAUGAACUUUGGCUAUGGGGUGAAUGUGGACACUCGCGUGGCAUCCUGCGACACGAUGAAAUACCUGAUCGGGAGCGUCUCCAUGGGUUCUGCCAUGGUCCCGAUCUUCGGGACGGUGCGAGGCUCUGCACGUGCGCUCAGCUCAAUCGGAGGAGGGUCAGAUGAAUUCUUGUUCUCAUGCACCGAUUGCUACUCCGGCAUUGCUUCGAGGCUGACUACAUUAGGGAACAGAUGGGGAUUCGUCCAUGUCGGAGCACUAAACCAAGGGUUUGUGCCGGCAUCGAGGGAUGCUUGGGAGGCUUUCGGUAGGGCCGGACUACGACCCUUGAUCAACUCUGAUCUGACCGGGGUCUUUUGCUUCUUCUGUGGCCUAACUGGAGGAGCAAUAUCUGCCCUAGCGGGCGGUUCCUGGGCAAUAGCAGUUCACAAGGCUUACGCUACGGAGGUGUCCCUGUAUGCUUUCUUGAUUGGAUAUUUCAUGAGUCGAAUAUCAGUGGCAUGGGCACAAGCAUCUGUUUCAGCAUACUAUGUUGCUUAUGCGGAGAACCCCAACAACGUUCGGUUCGACUCGACCAUCCCAGCUCGCCUCAGAGAAAUGCAGAGAUAUGGGCAUUAAAGUACACUACUUGCAAGCGAACUGCUGCUUCAUAGAGAGCUCGACAUUCUUGUUAGGUCAGUAAAGAGUCUGUACAGCAAAACAUUUCACAGGAGAACCAUAUUGGUGUUUCUUUAGUUUUUCUUUUCAGGACCUCUUGUUUUGUUUUUACCAUUGCAAAUACAAAAGCUUCAGCAGUACAAUCA